AUGGAUUCUCCUUACUCGGGCUGGACGAACCUAAGGGAUAUAUCGCCCAUAAAGGCCGCUGGAAUGGCGGCCGCUUUGUACUUGGCCUAUUACUUGCUCUACGCAAUCUAUGCCACGACCAUCAGCCCCCUCGCCAAGGUCCCUGGACCGCCCGCGCGCAAGUUCUCCUUUCUCCCCUGCAUCGCCAUGAGCCUGCAGGGUCGCGAGUCCCAUGCCGUCCGAGACCUCCACGCCAGAUACGGCCCGGUCGUCCGGGUCAACCCCGACAUCGUCUCCUUCACGGAGCCAACCGCCUGGCGCGAGAUUUACGGGUACCCCGGCGUCAAAAAGUUCAAGAAGUCGGGCUACCGCCAGCUGCGGCCUGGCGUGCCGGACCUGCUGACCGCCAGCGGCGACGACCACGCCCGGCAGCGGGCGGCGCUCAGCCGGGCCUUCUCGGACAAGGCGCUGCGGGAGCAGGAGCACUACUUCCAGGACCACAUCGACCUCCUGCUCGCCCGGCUCGACGAGAAGUGCGAGCAGGCGCAGCCCUUCAACAUGGUCGAGUGGGUCGAGUUCCUCGCCUUCGACAUCAUCGGCACCCUGGCCUUCAGCAGCUCCUUCCACUGCCUCGACAACCAGGCCUACCACCCGUGGGUCACGCUGCUCCUCAACUUCUUCAAGUCGACGCACUACGUGCUGACGGCGCGCAUGUGCGGCAUCUUCUUCCCGCUCGUGCUCGCCUUCGGCCCCAUCCGGCACCUGCGCAAGGGCGAGGAGCACCUGCGGCGCAGCUACGAGAAGGUGCGGCAGCGGAUCCGCAUGGCCGACGACGAGAGCCGGCACGACUUCUGGACGUACAUCUCGCGCCAGAACGAGCACAGGGAGGGCUCCAUGUCGGUCGAGGAGAUGGAGGUCAACGCCGCGCUGCUGAUCCCGGCCGGCAGCGACACCAUCGCCACCACCGUCUCGGGGUGCCUGUACCUGCUGCUGAAGACGCCCGACGCCCUGGCGCGGCUGCGCGGCGAGCUGGCGCGCGCGUUCGGGUGCGAGGCCGACAUCGCCAUGGCGCCCCUGGCCGGGCUGCCGUACCUGCGCGCCGUGGUCGACGAGGCGCUGCGCCUGUACCCGCCCAUCUCGGGCGAGCUGAAGCGCGCGGUACCGCCCGAGGGCGCCGUGGUCGGCGGCACGGCGCUGCCCGGCGGCACCGUCGUUAGCGUGUACGCGCUGGCGGCCAGCUACGAUGCCCGCAACUUUGCGCAGCCGGCGCGGUUCGCGCCCGAGCGGUGGCUCGCCGCCGCCGAGCGGCCGGACUGGGCCAGGGACGACCGCCUCGAGGCGUGCCAGCCCUUCUCGGUCGGGCCCAGGAACUGCAUCGGCAUGAAUCUGGCGUAUGCCGAGACCAAGCUCAUCCUCGCGCGGCUGCUGUGGCGCUUCGACUUUGACCUGCUGGACGACGGCUUCGACAUUGAGAGACAGAAGGUCUACGUCAUGUGGCAGAAGCCCCCUUUGCCAGUUCGUCUGCACAAGCGCGCCGUGCAGUAG